AUGGUCGUUACAACGAGUGGGACUUCAAGCCGGCUUGCUGCCUCGGAGCCUAGUGAUGAGUGUGCACAGCGCUCCAAUGAUACAAGCAGCGUCGCGGUCCGGUCUUCUAUUCGCGACGUGCUGAUUCUCACCUUACCGGUUGGCGCCAACGCCUUGAACGCCUUGAUCAAAAGAACCGCCCAGGCUAUGAGCGACAACAAUUAUCUCAAGGGAUGGACUGGAUUCUACCGAUCACGGUACAGAGUCCCCAUGUGGGCGCUAGAGAUGUUGGACAGGGUGGGAUCUUGGAAGGCUAUCACCCCAUACAAGACGUCAACUGUCCCCCAGCCAUGA